AUGCGUAUGCUAGGUCUCGACUACAAAUCCUACGCUGAGGCCAUGGCAGAAGCCCUCGCGCUGAUGCACUGGGGCGCAAGAAUAGACGCGAAUGAUGUUGAAUUUGUGCUAGCUCCUCCGCGAGCAAAGCAUCCACAUGCAUCCACUUUCCAAUCAGACUAUCUGGGCGCUCACUGCAUGUGGCUUCUCGACUUUGAUAGAUGCCAGCCGAUGCAGAUGAACGAAGCAGGCAUCGAGCAGGCCUGCGCCGCGUUUUUCAGAAACGAUCCUUAUUACCCUCGGCCUGGGACUGGCGAGGCGGCCGACGAGGAGUUGUGGAUCGUGUUCAAGCAGCGUUUCCUAGCAUCUAGUCGGAGGAUCUUGGGGGAGGAAAAUCAAGAUAUGUGGGUUCUUGCAGACAGAUUGAUAGCGAGGAUUGAAGAGGAGGGAGAGGAGAGGAGGCGUAAAGACGCGUUGGCGGCUUCGGAGUGA